UCUCUCUCCCCGAAAAAAUGGUGAAGCGUCCCGUGAAGUACUUUGUGGUGGAUGCAUUCACUGACACGGCGUUUAAGGGAAACCCAGCGGCAGUGUGUUUGUUGGAAAAAGAAGAAGAGCAAGAUGAGAAAUGGAUGCAAGCUGUGGCCAGGGAAUUCAACAUUUCGCAAACUUGUUUCUUGACUCCGAUUUCCUCUACCCAAUCGGAUGCUAAUGACCAUUCUGUCACGCGAUUCCACCUCCGCUGGUUUACUCCUUUAAUUGAGGUCAAGCUUUGCGGUCAUGGAACCUUGGCAUCUGCACAUUUUCUCUUUGCAUACAGGAUAGCAAGAACAGAUGUUAUCGAGUUCGUCACACUAUCUGGAGUUCUAAUUGCUAAACGGGUUCCUACAGGAAGCAAUGUGGACGUGUCAAAGUUCUCAGAUGGCGACCCAGAGGAGCACUUCUCUAUAGAAUUAGACUUCCCUGCGUUUCCUGUGCUCGAGUGUGAAUCUGUAGAUAUUCCAUCACUUCCUGAAACCCUGAAUGGCGCUCCUGUGGUCAAUAUAAGUAAAACAAUUGAGCUGGUGGUGACAUCUAUGUCGAGCUCUCAUCUGGAAAGGCUGUUGCAGAUUUAAAACCACAAUUGGAUGAGAUACGGAAAUGUCCUGCUAGAGGG